AUGCUUGACCGUGUCAAGAAUGGAGACAGACUACUUGACCUGGGAUGUGCAUUUGGUCAGGAACUUCGGCAACUGGUGAGUACUAGCAGCGAAGAAGACGGCACGAUGAUCAUCUACGACAGUGCCCCAUCCCAAAAUCUGUACGGAGUAGACCUCCGUCCCGAGUUUCUCGAACUCGGCCUCGACCUCUUCCUCGAUCGAGCGACCAUCAAAUCCCACUUCAUCGACGCAGACAUCCUGGACGAUAAAUCACGUCUGGUAACCCAGUUGGCAGGCGAGCUAAACAUCGUCUACAUCUCGCUCUUCCUUCACGUCUUUGACUUUGAGACACAAGUCACGGUCGCCAAGCGAGUGCUUGACUUGCUUGCUCCAAAGGCUGGGUCGCUAAUCGUGUGCCGAGUUGUCGCGUGCCGGGAUCAGGCGGUUGGAAAUGCCACGAAUGGGCGUUUGCCGUACUACUACCAUGAUCUGGCUAGUUGGAACAGGCUGUGGGAGCGUGUUCAGCAGGAGACGGGGCUGAAGCUGAAGGUUGAUAGUUGGGAGCAGAAUGAUGCUUUGGCCAAGAAGCAUCCUUUGGAGGGGAUCUAUAUGCUUGGUUCGUCUAUUCGUCGGGAGUAG